CCGGUUUUGAGGCGGGGGGGGGGGGGAGUGCAACCUACAGUGUAAACAUAACGUUAUCUAGCCUUUAGCUCAUGUUGCUAAUCAGCCUUUAGAGCCGACAUUACAGGUUCAGAAUGGCUUUGAUCCCUAUGUCGCCCCUGCAUCUCCUCGUCCCUCCACUCCGGCUGCUGACGGCAGCGAUGUGGCAGAUUGCUCAGAAGCAGAGCAUUAGGCAUUAUGGGAUGCUGGUAGACUUUGUUUCCUUGGUAACCAAGGCAGUCCCGCAGUUGUUGACAGACAGGCAGAGGAGUGUGCUGGUUCUAGCCCUGAGGGCCAAGGUGACGCUCUCUGAUCUGGAGCAACAUGAGAUCCGUGCUCAUUUGGACAGGAUCGUUUUAGCGUCUGAAGCAAAGCAGCUAGAUGAAGACAUAACUGAACAGGAUUCUCUUCUGUGUACUCUGAGUGAGCUGAGUUCAGAAGCCAGACGGUGCCUUUUGCAAGAUGCAUUUAACCAGAGUUUUGACUCGGCGCUGCUGUCCCUUAUGUCUGACUUUCUGUCCAGGAUAGAGCAGAUGUUCCCAGUACCAGACUUCAAACAGGCUGCUCUGUGGCUUGAUGCUGCUCCCAGUGGCCUGUUAAACUGUCUGCAGAACACAGACAAGGAGGAGCUAAAGGAGCUCCUGACCAGUCCAACCUGCUCAAUGGGUCAAGCUACCACCACAGUGGGUUCUGACACAGAGAAGAUCCUUCUCUCUGCCUUCACCAAACUGACCAACCCAGACCCUCCUCCUGCUAACUCGGUGGACCAAUCUGACCAUCUACCUGAGGUGGUUGACACUACCCAGUUGAAUGUGGAUCUGGUCAAAGUGGAGGUGGUGGUGAUGACGACAGAGGAGGAACAGGAACAAGGAGAGGUGUUGACACUUGAUCAGGACGUGUUUGAUCAGAAUUCAUCAGAGGGAGGAGACGAUUGUCCAGUCACACCUGUGUUCAAGUUGAAAAACUGUCCUGAAAACUCUGCAGACCAAUUAAGGAAAACAGCUUCUCCAUCUGAUCAGCCGUGUUCCAUGGUCACAGCCAGCCCUCUUCACAACAUUUCCCAUAAUGCUCAGCAGCGGGUGGCACACAAGUGUCCUCAGUGUGGCAAAUGUUACAUCUACCGUUCUCAGGUGGUUCGUCACCUUCGGACCAAUAAGGCCUGCAGUUCAGCAUCAACAACUUCAGGAGCUGUGAACCUACAAACUCCACCUGGUGGUUGCGAGAAGGACCCUCGCCCCCCAGAGCCCUUACUCCCAGACUCCCGGCGCCACAGAACAAACGCUUGCUUCCAGUGCAGUAAUAUCUUUAAAACCAAAGCUGAGCUGCGGUCGCACCAGCGCUGCCACAGAGCUCGCCCAGUUUACCAGUGUAGCCAGUGUGACAAGAAGUUCCACCAUUUAUCCAGUCUCACUAAUCACAAGCAGACACACCUGGAUAGAGGUGGGUUUACCUGUAGCAAGUGUGAUAAGGUGUUUGAGUCGGCCAAACAGAGAGAUUCCCACAGGCUGCAUCACCGGCUGCCGCAACUUAGCUGUACGCUGUGUGAGAAAACGUUCAGGUGCCAGACCCAGCUGCUCCGACACCUGCAGACCCACUCUGUGGAGGGAGCUGAGCCCAGUUACAGGUGCCGCUUCUGUGACGAUGCCUUCUCAGGAGUCACUCAGCUCCGUAUCCACCAGCGCACGCACACGCCCCGCUCGCACCAGUGCAACCAGUGCAACAAGACGUACAGCUCGCUCACUGGCCUCAGCUCCCACCAGCUGACCCACACCACAGAGAGCCGCUUCUUGUGUCCACAGUGUGGGAAACGCUUCAAGACCCGGGAUGGCUUGGAGGGCCAUCUAAGGACGCACACCGGGGAACGGCCCUACCGCUGCCCCUACUGCCCUAAGGCUUUCACCGCGCUCGCUGGGCUCAAUGUGCACGUGCGCGUGCACACUGGGGAGCGGCCGUAUGUCUGCACAGUGUGCGGGAAGGGCUGGACGUGUGGAGGCGACCUGCAGAAACACAUGAGGACCCACACGGGUGAACGCCCAUAUGUGUGCCAGGAAUGUGGCAAGGCUUUCUCCAUGUCCUGUCACCUGACUGAGCACCGACGGAUCCACACCGGGGAGAAGCCAUUCUCGUGUCCAGAGUGCGGUAAAUGCUUACGGAGAAAGUUUGACCUGAAAAUCCACAUGUUGUCCCACGGCAGCGUCCGUCCCUAUGCCUGCGUCUACUGCCCCAAGAGCUACACCCGCAGGAGUCACUUCAACAGACACCUGCUGACGCACCGGACUGCUCCCAGCGACGCGGAGGUGGAGGUGGCUGACAAGGCCUGAGCCUUCAGCUCCUCUGUUACUGUCCGUAAAAGAACGGCUACAGUGUUCAAAUGUUGUGACUUGUUAUGUCAAUACGACCCAAUGUCUGAUUCAUUGUGUAAGAGGCUGUUAAAUAAAAAGCUGUGAAUCUG